AUGGCGUCCCCAUCAUCUACAGGUAAUAAAAAGGAAACCUCAACUGAGGGUAUUAUAAGAAUCGACGGUGAUGCUAAUUAUUGGGAGUUUGUUGAAGCUACUUAUACUUCUAAAGCUGAGUUGGAUGUCUACAUUGACCACCAAAAAGAACCAAUCCUUGAUUGGGCUGACAAUGAGGUGUUAUCAGAUGGUAACAGGUAUGAUUUGGAUGACAAGGAAGAAGAGGAUGAUAAGGAAGAAGAGGAUGACAAUGAUGAAGAUGAUAACUUGGAUGAUAUUAUGGCAUAUGAACAUGAAGUUGAUGAAGAAGUCCAUACCUUUAACAAAACUAUUGGUGACGAUUUUUUAAAGAAACUUUUAGGUAUUGGUAACCUCAGUGAUGAUGAUGAACCUAAUGAUGGGAUAGACGAUAAGGUUGUAUUCCCUGUCCAUGAUGAGAAACAAGAAUGGGAUAAGAUGGUGCUAGUUAUAGGUAUGAAGUUUGCUAACCCAAUGCAAUUGAAGCUAUGUGUAACCAAUUAUGCAGUGAAGAAUGGGUAUGAUUUAUGGUAUAAAAAAAGUGAUCAUAACAGGUUAUUGGUGAAAUGUUGCAAAGGUAAGAAGAAUAAGAAGAAUAAAGGUUGUCCCUUUAGGUUGUGGGCAACCUAG